GAGAGAGAGAAAUAACUCAAUAAAUUAAUUUUAUUUUUAUUUUUCUUUAAACGUGGGAAGGGAUCACCGCUAUGAACCACUUUUCCGUAUAAGCUUCACCAGUAGUCACCGCCAUUGUUCUUGAAGAUGAACAAGAAACCUAAGAUUUUGAGCUCUGGAUCACAAAACAUGAAUGAACGAAGGAAGAGCUCGUCCCUUCGCCGGUUAUUACCCUUUGUGUUUCUGCUUGCCACAGUUUUCUUCAUAGGGAAUGCAUUUAUCACCAUAGACUACAAGGAGGGCACCUCGGGAUGGAGUUCGGUAUUUACUCUUCAUCUUGCAACAUUGAGAAUGUGCAAGGCGGAAUUCAGGCCUCUUGGAAGCGAGACGCUACCUAGAGGCAUCGUUGCAAAUACGUCCGACUUGGAAAUGCGACCGUUGUGGGGCACUGUCCGCAAGAAGAAGCCAAAGAUGAACUUGCUGGCCAUGGCGACGGGUAUAAAACAAAAGGAGAAUGUCAACAAAAUUGUCAAGAAGUUUCCGUCAAACGAAUUCGUGGUGAUGCUGUUUCACUACGACGGGAUCGUGGAUGAGUGGAAAGAGUUCGAAUGGAGCGGAACUGCUCUUCAUGUUUCUGCCAUAAACCAAACCAAGUGGUGGUUUGCAAAGCGGUUUCUGCACCCGGAUAUUGUCUCGUCAUAUUCUUACAUAUUUCUAUGGGAUGAAGAUCUCGGUGUCGACCAUUUUGAUGCUACGAGGUAUCUUUCGAUUAUUAGAGAGGAAGGACUUGAAAUAUCACAACCUGCUCUUGAUCCCCGUUCGUCGGAGUUGCACCAUCAAAUCACGGCCCGAGACAACAAAUCAAGAGUGCAUAGGAGAACAUACAAAGUGAUUGGUCGAACCAGAUGCAACGAGAACAGCACCGGACCUCCUUGCACGGGAUUUGUUGAGAUGAUGGCUCCUGUGUUCUCGAAAGCGGCCUGGCGGUGCACAUGGCAUAUGAUCCAGAACGAUUUGAACCAUGGAUGGGGUAUAGAUUUCCAGCUCGGGUAUUGCUCUCAGGGAGACCGGACAAAAAACAUCGGCGUCGUAGAUUCCGAGUAUUUGCUUCAUAUGGGCCUUCCUACAUUAGGAGGUUCAGCUGAAAACAAGACAGAAGCCGAGAUUUCCGAUCAGAGACAACAUAGUUCAGGUAGAUCCGAGGUCCGGAGGCGGUCUUACGCCGAACUGGAGACGUUUAAAACCCGGUGGAGAAACGCUGUGAAGAAGGACGAAUGUUGGGUAGACCCAUUUCGACAAUCACCAGGGCCGUCCGCGAGGUUUUAACCUUUCUCCUUCAAUACAAUAUACACUGCACCGAAGCUCGGCAUUACCCGGAAAAAGAGCAGGAGAGUACAUGAAACUUCCGGAGGCAUUUAUCAGACCGGUUAGGUUCCGACAUCCACGAGCUUUUUGUCUUGUUGCUCUGCUGAGUUUUACGGGUCGUAGAGUGUGUAUAUAUGUAUACAUAUAUGUAUGUAUGUGUGUAUGUAUGUAUGCAUGCAUGUAGCCAAGGUGCAAUUCUUUCCCAUUGUAUCUCCGUGUUUGGAAAUAAUAAAGCUUCAUUCAUUGACA